AUGCUGGAAGGUUGUAAUAAAACGUUGACCCGAAGAGCCAUCCUCUCGUUUGUGGCUUCCGUUUAUGAUCCUCUCGGCCUCAUUUCUCCCGUGCUACUUCCGGCAAAGUUACUCUUACAGGGUUUCGUAAAAAGGAAGCUGGAUUGGGAUGAGCCUCUUCCCGCAGAGGAUCAGCAAGCUUGGGGCAAAUGGUUAUCAAAAGCCAAUGGUCUAAACAGUUUGUACGUCGAAAGUUGUAUUAAUCCAUUCGGAUGCGGUAUAUCUUCUGUGCAGUUGCAUUGCUUUUCAGAUGCGUCUGAGGCUGGUUACGGUGCUGCUCAAUAUUUGCCUUGCGAGGUUGAUGAGGGCAACGCUAGUAGUUUCCUUAUUAUUAGUAACUCACGUGUGAGUCUCAUUAGAACGGUGUAG